AUGCCACGUGUAGACCUGGAAACACUCUUCCGCGGCAACAGCGGCGACCGUAGGAUUGUCUGUGAAACACUAUUCCCCGCCGAUCAACGGCCUGAAAAGCGCGAUCUUCCGGCGCUGGAUCCCGAGCUCCCGGCUGAGUCGUUCCGGAUCCCGAUCAGGGACGAGAUCGAAUGGGUAGAUCGGAACGCCUUCUUCGAGCGGAAGCGAUCGACGAAAGGGAUCUCGAAUUGGGCGAAUUGGAACCCGAUCUCGAAUCCGAAGUCGAAAUCACAGCGGAUCUCUUCCAAUCUCAAGUCCAAUUCCAAACCGUCCAUCAUCAUCGGACUCCCCAAGCGCCGGGACACUGGACAGAUGUGUCAGAAUUUCCGGCGGAGCUGCCGGCCGGCAAGCAUCCGGGAGCUUAUGAAAUCGGCCGGGCCGGGGCCGGUGACGGAGCCGGCGUCGCCGAAGGUCUCGUGCAUCGGGAGGGUCCGAGCGAAGGAUAAGGCAAGAGGGCACCGGCGACGGGAUUCGUCCGUGACUUUGGCGCCGGCGGGGAAAUCAGGGAAGGAGAAGGUAGGGUUGUGGGCGAAAUUCAAAGCCGUUUUCCGGUUCCGGCAAAGACGACGAUCGAUGAAGUCCGAGGAGAACCCAGCGAACGAAUCUUCUUUGCCGGUGAAGAGUUUUCCGGCGGACGUGGGUACGAUUCCGGCGAUGGAGUUCGCUGCUCCGGCGCCUGGUUUGGGCGGGCUGAAGAAAUUCGCGUCGGGUCAUAGGCCGGCGUCGUGGGGUGGUGACGUGGAUCUCGAUCUGGACUUCCACGUGGCGGAUAAGAAUGAUUCCGGGAAAGGUUCGCUCAGGCGCCGGCCCUCGUUGGGCCCGGUGAACUGCGGCCGUGAUUUCGGGGAUGUGGGGCCCGCAACUUGCUGA